CGUGUCUGCACAUGUCUGACACGGAUGUUGUAUACGAGUAUUUCAAACCAUGGUAUACCAUGCUAAAUUGUGAACUUUCCUAUGCAUGUAGAGUAUGCCAUAGCAAAGGCAUCCCAGUUCGUGAAGUUGCACCAUCAUGGGAAAGACAUCAACUUUGGGAAGAAGCAUUCAUUACAAAUAGCUUGCGAGUUCUGCAGCACGUGGAGACUAUUAAAGUUCCUCGUCCAUGGGAAUCUCUCGAAUCAAAAUGUUUGGAAGGAAUAUCAUGGGUUGAGAAAAAAUUUCAGGGUCCCGGAAUUAUGACAAAAGUCAUCCAGAAAGAGAUCAUGGAGAGAGUCAGCACGGAAGGGCAUUGGUUAAAGGAAUCAGUAUAGCAGAAAAUGGAGCGUCGUGUGUUGAG